AUGUCAUUCGCGUCGCAACAAAACAACAAUGCGGCUCAGGCCGAGGGUCGCCGCAUCUACAUCGGCAACCUGAACUACGAGCUUCAAUCUUCUGACGUCGAAGGCAUGCUCCAGCAGUCAGGCUUCCCCAACUACGAGGCCGUCAAGAUUCCCGUCGACCCUGGCAGCCAGCGCAACCGUGGCUACUGCUUUGUCGAUUUCACAACCGCCGAAGAGGCCCAGCGCUCCCUCUCGGAGCUCCAAGCCGUCAUUGGCGGCCGCGAGAUCAAGGUGCGCCCCUGCGAGCCGAAGCAACAGGGUGGUGGCGGUGGCUUCAACGGUGGCGGCGGCUUCAACGGCGGUUAUCAGCAGAAUUCUGGCGGCUACAACGGCGGCUACCAGAAUGCUGGCUACAAUGGCGGCUACCAGCAGAACUCUGGCGGCUACAAUGGCGGUGGCUACCAGAACAACUCUUAUGGCCAGCAGCAGAGGUAUGGCGGCGGCGGCGGCUACCAGGAUAACCGCGACGUGCGCAAGCUCUACGUCGGCGGCCUGGGCCCCCAGCCCGAGCAGGAGCAAAACGAGCAGGAGGUGAUGCAGAUCUUCCAAGGAUUCACCCCUUCAUCAAUCAGCAAACGUCUCGAGAGCAACCGCGCCAACGCCGAUGGUCAGCAGAACAACUAUUUCUUCUGCUUUGUCGAGUUCGGCACCCCUGAGGAGGCCCACGAGGCCAAGGACCAACUCGACGGCCGAGUUUACGGUGCCGAGGGUAACCAGCUUCGUGUCAGCUUCGCCAAACCCAGCCGAUCCCAGGGUCAGGGCGGCCAGCAGCAGCAACGUUGGCCUAGGCAGCAGCAGGGCGGCGGUGGCUUCGGAAACCAGGGCAACUGGCGCCAGUAG